GAGAGAGAGUCCCCAGCAGCCUUGUGUUCAGUCAGUGCUCUGACUCGGACUCGGACUAUAUGACUCAGUCUUCAUAGAGAGAGUCUGCUAUUGCCAAGCCUAGAGGCAGCCCUAUUUAAGACAAUCACAUGAUUUCAGUGGGAGUCAAAAUGGUCCGCGGGGGUCAACGGGUGGAGAGAGAGAGGGAGCGCGUGUGAGACAGAGAGGGAGAGAGAGAGAGAGAGAGGGAGCGCGUGUGAGACAGGGAGAGAGAGAGAGAGAGGGGGACGUUAGUGGAAUUUAAAAAAAUGACUUGCCGGGAGAGAGGAGUUGAGUUCAUGCGCUUUGCUGCUCAGGGAUUUUACGCAUGAUGAAAUGAAUGGAGACUAAACAACUAAAAAAGCGUGCGUCUGAAAGUCGUUGAUGCUUCAUUCAUUACAACUCCUGCAGAAGUGCUGCUCCUGCUCCUGCUGCUCCUGCUGCUCCUGCUGCUCCUGCUCUUGCUCCUGCUCCUGCUGCUCCUGCUCCGGGUGCUGGUUGUGCUGGUGGUGCACUGGUUUAUGAGGAAAGUGACCGUGUGGCACAGGGUCCAGUGUCUUUGGGGCUGUGGGUGAUCCACAGACAUGACUUUCUUUCGGAUUUGCGCAGCGUGGAACAACUGGACUGUGCUCUUCUUCCAUCUCUUUUGUUUUUCCACCCUGGGCAGAAGCUUGACUUGGAGUAAUGGUGCUGACGGUGCAGAAUCCGAGAGGGAAGCAUCGGCUCUACUCCGAUUUCUCAAUUUACCUGAAAAUACAGAAUAUGAGAUCGUAUCUCCAUACGAGGUCAGCCACCACGGUGUUUACAUCUCCCACGAAGUUGCCCAUCACCAGCGCAGAAGGCGACGCAGAUCCCUCACCCCAGAUGUGGCCUCGUCAAACACCGGUGGCGGCAGUGAAACGGUCCACUUCCAGCUGAGCGGCUUGGGGCAGGACUUCCACAUGGAGCUGAAGGAGGCCUCUGAGAGCCUGAUCGCACCUGGCUUCACCAUCCAGGUCCUGGGAAAGAACGGCACAAAGAGCCUGAGGGCCCAUCACCAGGACGACCUCUGCUUUUACCAGGGGUCGCUGAGGUCGAGGGUCAACUCCUCUGUGGCACUGUCCACAUGCAUGGGGAUGUCAGGUUUGAUCAGAACGCAGGAUGCAGACUACUUCCUGAGACCCGUGUCCCUCAGCCUCGCCCAGAGAGAGAACUUUACAGCACCCUCCAGUCACCAGCCGCACAUCCUCUACAGGAGCCAGAGGGACCUCCAGACAGAGCGGAGAGCUCAGCCGCAGAGGGCCCUUCUGAAGAGGUCCACAGAUCCGACCCCUCGUGGGUCAUACGGACACUUUGUCACAGAAAGAUCCACAAGAGACGCCACCUACAACACGGUUGAUGAAGAGCACCAGCAGCAAAGGCACAGCCACCAUUACCACCAUGGCAACAACAACAACAACAGUAGCAAGGGUGACCUGGCGGAGGACCGUGGCAGUGACCUUCACCACAGCAGCCAUCGCCACGACAGCGGCUACAGACAUGGGGAGAAGCAGAGGCAGCACUUCUGUGGGAGACGGAAGAAAUACAUGCCCAAACCUCCAGAAGAGGAUGUGUUUAUCCUCCCGGACGAGUACAAGUUUAUCCCCAGGAACAAAAGGGCAGUGCUGAUGAAGAACGAGGCCAAUCAGAAGCUCAACGUGGAGACGCUGGUGGUGGUGGACAGAAAGAUGAUGAAUAACCACGGCCAUGAGAACAUAACCACAUAUGUUCUUACUGUGCUUAAUAUGGUCUCCAGUCUUUUCAAAGACGGGACAAUAGGAGGGAACAUCAAUAUAGUGAUCGUGGGUCUCGUUCUUCUGGAUGAAGAGCAGGAUGGCUUGGUGAUCAACCACCAUGCAGACCACACACUGAACAGCUUCUGCCACUGGCAGUCCACUCUGGGAGGCAGAGAGGGACGCCACCAUGACCACGCCAUCCUCCUGACGGGACUUGACAUCUGCUCCUGGAAGAAUGAACCCUGUGACACUCUCGGUUUUGCUCCGAUUAGUGGGAUGUGCAGCAAGUACCGGAGUUGCACGAUUAAUGAAGACACAGGCCUGGGUCUGGCAUUCACCAUCGCCCAUGAAUCUGGACACAAUUUUGGAAUGGUCCACGAUGGUGAGGGUAACGUUUGUAAGAAGUCGGAGGGCAACAUCAUGUCCCCUACAUUAGCCGGCCACAACGGCAUCUUCUCCUGGUCUGCCUGCAGCCGCCAAUACCUCAGCCGCUUCCUCAAUUCCGCCCAGGCCCUGUGCCUAUCAGAUGAACCCAGAGCAGUCAAGGAGUAUCCGUACCCCGAGAAACUGCCUGGCGAGCUGUACGAUGCAGACACGCAAUGCAAAUGGCAGUUUGGGGAGAAGGCCAAACUCUGCACCCUCGAUUUUAAGAAGGAUAUCUGCAAGGCUCUGUGGUGUCACCGUGUCGGGAGGAAGUGUGAGACCAAGUUCAUGCCAGCUGCCGAAGGUUCUGCCUGCGGCCCAGAUAUGUGGUGUCGCAGGGGCCAGUGUGUCAAACAGGGAGACGAGGGCCCGAGGCCUCAGCAUGGACAGUGGUCGGAGUGGUCUUCCUGGUCGGCCUGCUCGCGAAGCUGCGAGAGUGGAGUCACCUAUCGAGAGAGGCAGUGCAAUAAUCCAAGGCCUGCGUAUGGAGGGAAGUUCUGUGAGGGCUCGUCCAGGUCGUACAAACUGUGUAACACUGAGGACUGUCCAACUAACGGCAUUGGCUACAGAGCGCAACAGUGUGCCGAGUACAACAGCAAACAGUUCAGAGGAUGGUACUACACGUGGAGACCAUACACCAGAGUGGACGAUCAAGAUGUGUGCAAGCUCUACUGCUUCGCUGAAGGUUAUGAUUUCUUCUUUGCCUUGGCCAGCAAAGUUAAGGAUGGGACUCUCUGCUCACAGGACAGCACAAACGUCUGUAUUGAUGGACUGUGUGAGAGAGUUGGCUGUGACCGCCUGUUGGGCUCCACAGCUGUGCCUGAUGCUUGUGGGGUCUGUAAAGGAGACAACUCCACCUGUAAGAUCUAUAAAGGACAGUACACCAAGCAGCAUUACACUAACCAGUACUAUGGGGUGGUAACCAUCCCAGCAGGGGCUCGGAGUAUCCGUGUGGUGGAGCUGAAUACGUCCAGCUCAUACCUGGCAGUCAGGGACACCCAAAGACGCUACUACCUGAAUGGACACUGGACGGUGGACUGGCCAGGCCGACAUCCGAUUGCUGGAGCCAUUUUUGAAUACAAGAGACCUUAUAACAGACCAGAGAGCCUCUUUUCAACUGGCCCCACCAAUGAAACACUGAUCAUCGAGAUAUUGUUGCAGGGCUGGAACCCAGGUGUACGCUGGGAAUACACUCUGAAGAAAGCUGAUGAGAAAAAGAAUCACAUCAAACACAAUUACACAUGGGCCAUCAUACGCUCCCAGUGCUCUGCAACUUGUGCUGGAGGCCAGAUGAACACCAGGUCAGCAUGUUACAGAGACUUGAGAGUGCAGGUGAACACAUCCCACUGCAAUCCCAGAUCAAGACCAGCUACUGGAUUGAUGCCCUGCAACACCCAACCAUGUCCUGCCAGCUGGUCUGUAGGAGAGUGGGGGGUGUGCAGCCGAAGCUGUGGCGGAGGAGAGCAGAUUCGGCAGGUCCAGUGCGUCCAGAGGACCAGCCAGUCCGAAGCAGCCGCCCUGGCUGACUCUCACUGCGUCCAGCCCUCUCCCACUAGGAGGCAAGUCUGCAACAUGCAUAGCUGUCCGCCAGUUUGGACCGCGGGGCCAUGGUCACAGUGUUCUCGUAAGUGUGGCAAUGGCCUGAGGAAGAGGACAGUGCUGUGCACGAGCACCAACCCAGGAGUCCAGACACACACGCUGCCAGACAGUAUGUGCGCAGGCCUGCCAAAACCUGCCGGUCAAGAAUCCUGCUUCAUUAAACGCUGCCAGAAACAACGAAAGGUCCAGUGGUUUGUCUCCACAUGGCAAGAGUGCUCAGUAACGUGUGGGCGUGGGUAUCAGACACGCUUCAUCAAAUGUGCAGAGAAGGACACUGCAGGAAAAUACAGAGAGCUUGCUGCCAAGAAGUGUCACCACGUCCCCAAGCCAACAGUAGAGCUUCAGAAGCCCUGCAUCCUGGCUGAUUGCCCCGUCCGCACGACACCGCCAGUCCACAGGUGGAACACACAUCAUCGCACCCAUCCACCUCAACCUCCGCUGCGACCAGACUGGCAUUCAUCUCCCUGGACACAGUGCACAGUGACGUGUGGAGGAGGAGUGCAGGCCCGGACAGUCCAGUGUCUGGCUCAGGGGAAGGCCUCCUCUGGCUGUGCACUCCAUCUUAAACCCUCCAUGUCUCAGGCCUGCAACACCAACUUCUGCCCACAGCCUGAGAAGAAAGACCUUGCUUGCAGGGAUUACUUCAGCUGGUGUUACCUGGUGCCCCAGCAUGGAGUCUGCAACCACAAGUUCUAUGGCAAGCAGUGCUGCCAGUCCUGUUCAAAUUCAAACCUAUAAUCACAUGAACUGACUGUCUGUUUCACCCACAGAUAGGUAGUUAGACAAAAGACUAUAUUUGACGUCCAUGCUUGAAAAGACAGUUUUUUAGUUUUUUCUUUUGCUUUAAGCGUGUGGCGAGCACUGAAAAACAAAAUGACAUUUCAAUGGAAGUGCAAGAGAGUUGCAGUGCCCUCUCCUCUCCCUGCGAUGCCGGCCAUCUGGAUAGAAGAACUUGAUGCUGACAGCACUACACAGGAAUGUGAUCAGGACAGUACAAAUAAAGGAGAGAAUUAUGAGGAGGAACUCGCAAAAUGGGAAUCUUGAUUAAAGUGAAUAGGACUGACAUGUCCAAAAGAAACUGAAAACCUGACAAAUCCCAGCUUUGUUUAUAUACUGUAUGUAAUAGAACAGAUCUGUACCCAGGACACCCAACAUCUCCCAGACAACCGAGGGCCGGUGAUGGCAGACCAACAGAGAAAAGUGGUGGACGAGGUUUAAAGCGCUGCCACGCGACAACAUGUGAUACGCCCUGGAGUGCACUGCGAUUCUUGACAAUUUGGAAAUCUGGGAUCUGAUAAUGAAAAGGGAUGUUUCAAAGAAACAAGUAAGAAAACAUAGUUUUACUGUAAGGCUUGAUAAAAAACAGGCUGGGGACAGUCAAAGGGGGCUUCUUUAAUAACUGGACUUUUGUAGAAUGCUCUUUGUUGCCGUAUAAAAGAAAAAAAGAGAAAAAAAGGAAAUGUAUGGUACAUGAGAGAAGUAUUCAGCGAUGGGUCUUGGUUGUGUGAACUGGCUUUCGUACUCAGUGGUGCUACAACGUUGUCUUUUGUCACCAAAUCAAUGUGAAAUCCUCAAGAAGAACAACUGAGCUUGUGACCCAUGUACAGUGUUGUUUGUUUUAUUUAUUGGCUUUAUGAUACAGCGUUGCUGGAAGACUGUAUUAAUAAGCAGUAUAAAUACGUCCUUUUAUUACUCUACCCUAUUACCCUUAUAUUUUGUAUAAUGUUUCAUAGAAUUUCAUGCUGACAAACUGCACCUUUUUUUUUUUUUACUCAAAACAUUUAUUUUAUUUUUGAAGAAAAACAUCUGUGAUGUCAAAAUCUCAAUCAUUUAUGUCACCAUUGAUUAGUGAUAAUUAACAAUAGCUGGUUAUUGGAAAUCUUUAUCAAUAACAAAAAGAAGCUGUUUGAAAAGGCAUGGCUCCAUUUAUUAGUUUUUUAUUACUCGAAGCAGUCGUGUAUUACAUGCAUUGACAUAGCAAAAAAAUAAUGCAUUUCAGAUUGAUUUUGGACAAAAGCACUGACAGAUGAUGGCUAAUACUUUUUCAGUGUGAGUUUCUACAAUGUAAAUGGGACAAUAAAUAAAUGUGUGUCAUGUCAGCAUCUCAGCUGUAGCAUGCA